CCGCAGACUUCGAUUAAUUUCAGAAAGUCAACUUUAAAGGAGAAAAUGCUCCUUCUAUUUCCAAGGUUCAAAACUAAAACUUCUUAUUACCAAUAAAAUAACUAAUCUAUUUGAGGGUUGAAUUAAUCUGAACUCGUGAUGUGACGCAUAAAGGUGACUAACCAAUAAAGGUGGACGGAUGCUAUAUAAAGUUCUAUAGGAGCUUUCACAAAUAUGUAGAAAAUAGGGAAACAAAAAAGAGAAUAAUGGGAAGAAAAGUUGACUAUCGCCGCCACACCUAUAUCUAUUGCCUAACAUAGUCUGUGCCACCGCGGCCGCCCGCCGCCCUACACAACCUAGCCUUCCUUCCAAAAAUUUAAUUUCUAACCACCUAUAAGAACUCCAUUUAUCCAAGAUUUGCAUUCAAGGACUUACAACUGCAGGAGCCACUGCUUCAUAUUUGUUCAAGACACUACAAAAACACUAACCAAACCAAAGCUAGCUUGAAAAAUUAAGUCCGACAACAAUGGAUGUAUACUCUCUUAUUCCCGUACUGAUAAUCCUUGGAUUCACUUAUUUUACAUGGUUCUUAAUAAAUAGAAGGUCGAAAAGCUCAGCGCCAACAGAUUGGCCCCUCGCUGGAAUGUUGCCUGGAUUAAUUCAAAAUGCUCAUCGAAUCCACGAAUUUUUCACUGAUAUUCUUUUAGAAACUGGGAACAAUUUUGAGUUCCGUGGUCCUGUGAUUUCCAAUAUGAACAUGUUAUUCACUAGUGAUCCUGCAAAUAUCCACCAUAUCCUUAGUAGAAACUUCUCAAACUAUCCAAAAGGCCCCGAGUUUCGUAAAAUAUUUGAAAUAUUAGGAAAUGGAAUCUUUAAUGUUGAUUCUGAAUUAUGGGAGAUUCACAGGAAGAUCACCAUGUCUUUAAUGAGCCAUGCCAAGUUCCAAAUUUUGUUAAAGAAGAACGUAUGGGACACUGUCGAAAAAGGUCUCGUACCAGUUCUUGAUGCUUUUGCUGAACGAGGCACGACGUUUGAUUUGCAAGAUAUUUUUCAGAGAUUUACUUUUGAUAAUAUUAGUAAAUUGUUACUUGACCAUGAUCCAAAAAGUUUAUCAAUCGAUUUACCUCAUUUGCCAUGUGAAAAAGGCUUCAACGACAUGGUUGAUGCACUUUUGUAUAGACACGUCUUACCAGAGAGCUAUUGGCAAUUGCAAAAAAAGCUUAAUAUUGGUAAAGAAAAAAAUCUCAGUCAAGCGUGGGAAGCUUUUGAUCAAUUCAUAUAUCCUGCCAUUUCGCAAAAGCAAGAAAAGCUACUACUGAAUAAAACCAACAAAGACGAGGAUUUUGACUUAUUUGCUGACUACAUCAAAGCAUACAAUCAGUGGACGAAUGGAGAUACUUCUGGUAAUGUACAAGAAUUUCUUAGAGAUACUUUCUUGAAUUUAAUGUUUGCUGGGAGAGACACCACAAGCACAACUCUCACUUGGUUUUUCUGGCUUUUAGCUAAAAAUCCCUUAGUAGAGACAAAGAUUAGGGAAGAGAUUGAACAGCAACUGCAUUUAAAAAAAGAUGAAAACCUCAAGUUUUUCGACAUAGAAGAGUCAAGAAAACUGGUUUAUUUACAUGGUGCAUUGUGUGAAGCUCUUCGGCUAUUUCCACCAGUUUCACUUGAGCAUAAAUCUCCACUUGAACUUGACGUUCUCCCGAGUGGUCACCGUGUUACUCCAGACAUGAAAAUAUUGAUAUCGUUUUAUACGAUGGGAAGAUUGCAGACUAUAUGGGGGAAAGAUUGUUUAGAAUUCAAGCCAGAGAGAUGGAUUUCGGAGCGAAGAGGCAUCAAACAUGUGCCAUCUUACCAAUUUCCAGCUUUUAAUGCUGGUCCAAGGACUUGUAUAGGGAAGGAUAUGGGUUUCAUUCAGAUGAAAAUGGUGGCGGCCACCAUCAUAUACAAUUACCAUAUCCAACUAGUGGAAGGACAAACCAUUUCGCCUACUGCUACUGUUGUGAUUCGAAUGACAAAUGGUUUGAAGGUUAGGGUCGUCAAAAGGGACGUUCCUCUUUAGUCCAAAUGAAUGGUUAUCAAAAAUUGCGUAGACUAUAAAUAAAUUGAGUUAAAUUGAUAGGUAUAUAAAGAUGUGUGAUAAAUGGUUGUAAUUCAACCCUUUUCCAUAUGGAAGGGUUGUGGAACCAAUAACUGUUUUAUUAAAUGCGACUGAAAUAAUUGCUCUAUUU